AUGAUCAUUCAGCGAGCCGAACGCCUAUAUCUGGAGGCAAAUCUGCAGAAAGAAGCCAUAGCAAUGUAUAUCAAAAACAACAGAUGGGCAGACGCCUACAGGUUAUCAGAAGAAUUUCUCGGGAAAGAAGAAACUACUGCUCUCUAUGAGGCGAAAGCUGAGGAGCUUGAAGAGCAGGGUAGAUAUGCCGAUGCUGAACAGUUAUACGUCUCUAUUGGAAUGUCGAACAGAGCCGUUCUUAUGUAUAAGAACGCGGAUCGGAAUGACGAUGUCAUACGUCUUGUUGAAAAGUACCAUGGAGAACAUCUACAGGAAACCCACAAAAGACUUGGAAUGGAGCACGAAGAACGAGGAGAUUUGCGUUCGGCUGAAGAAGAGUAUUUGAAGGCCGACGAUAUCAAG